GCGGGUUUAGUCGGCCUGCUUUCUGGAGGAAGUGUGUCCCUUCAGGGCACUCGUACGUUAGGGAGCUGAGUCUCGAGCCUUUGCGCAGGCGUAUAUGUGCGGCGAGAGAUAUAUAAACAUGGCGGCGCCCGUGGAGGGAAAAAGUCUAUAACGUGUUGAGGUGAGGAAGAGUCCUGAAGAGAAAACUAUACCAAAGAGUCAAUGAAAGCUUUUUCAGACUCUGCUGCUCAUUGGAAGGGGCAAUAAUGCUGAGGAAUCUGAGGAGACUCGUUUGUCGGGGAUACAAGCUGGAACAUGACUGUUUUUUACAAGCCAGUCCCAGGAACUGGCAAAGCACUGCUGCUAUCCAGGAUCCCCACUUUGCACCAGAAAAGCCCAGAGCAAUCUUCCGCACCAGCGAGAAUGACCCGGCCAAUCACGCGGAAGAGCACAUGGGACAAUAUUACACGCUCCCCCUCCAGGAGGUGAAGAAGGUGUUUCCUCACGGACUCCCAGCACGCUUCAGGCUACAGAUGAAAACCUUUGGCGAGGCCUGUUUCAUGGUGAGGGAACCCGCUCUCGAACUCCUCAGCUGCUUAAAGCGAACCAACUUUGCUCAUCCGGCCAUUCGAUAUGUCAUCUACGGCGAAAAGACCACGGGGAAGACCAUGGCCCUCUGCCACGCCAUCCAUUACUGUGCGAGGCAGGACUGGCUCAUCCUGCACAUUCCAGAUGCUCACCUCUGGGUAAAGAAUUGCAAAGAACUGCUGCCCUCUUCCUACAACAAGAACCGCCUUGACCAGCCUCUGGAAGCCACGACUUGGCUGAAGAACUUCAAAAUCACCAACGAGCGCUUAUUGAAAGAGAUCAAAACGCAGCAGAAGUAUAUGUGGGGCAAACGAGACAACACUGAGGAAGGCCGGCCCCUAAUAGAAGUGGUGGAGCAGGGUUUAACUCGGGUGAAAAACUCCAGUGACGUAGUAGGGGUAGUCUUCAAAGAGCUGAAACAGCAAUGCCCAGAGGGGUCCUUCAGGCUGCUAGUGGCAGUGGAUGGGGUCAACGCCCUUUGGGGAAGCACAACGCUGAAGAAACAAGACAAGAGCAAUGUCUCCCCAGAGGAGCUGACGCUGGUCCACAACCUGAAGAAGAUGGUGACUAAUGACUGGACUGGUGGAGCCAUCGUGACAACCCUCAGCCAGACAGGCGCUCUGUUCCAACCCCGCAAAGCUUACAGGCCCCAAGAAUUGCUAGGAAAGGAGGGUUUUGAUGUCCUGGACCCCUUCAUCCCCAUCCGUGUUCUCAACUACAAUGACCGAGAGUUUGAGAGCUGCUACCAGUACUACUUGGAGCGCAAGUGGCUUCAGCAUGAAAAAGCCAGCACAGAUGAAGGCCGCAAGGAGCUUCGCUUUCUCAGUGGGCAGAACCCUGGACUGCUUGACCAAAUCAGCUCCUUCUUGUGACAUUGUCCCUCCUCCCCACCCCCAUCCCAAAAACAUUGGCAUCACAGCCCAAGGAACUCCUUCCUGUUCAAUAAAACACCAAACAGAAAGCCA